CAUUAUUUUAUUUAAUAAAUUAAAUAGAUAUAUUUUAAAAAUAUUAAUUAUAAACAAAAAAAACAAAUAAAUAAAAAAAAUCUUUUAUUUUUUUAUAUACAUUUUAAUUUUUUUUUUUAUCAUUUUUUUUUAAUAUAAAAAUUUAUUUUUAUUUUUAAUAUAUUCAUUUGUUAUAAAAUAAAAACAACAAAUAUUCUAAAAUUAUGAAAAAAUGAAAAUUAUUAUAUCUUUAAUAUUAUUACUUUUAGCAACAGCUACAACUAUCACUAAAUCACAAGGAAUUCCUGACAACGACCCAGAAUUAUGUGUCCAAAGAAUUAAAAGAGAGGAUUGUCCAGAAACACCAUCGUCAUGGGGAAAAUUCGACGAAGACGAUGUUAUUGAUGUAUAUUAUUUACAAGCACCAAUUUUUGAGGGUAUGUUUGGUAACUUUUUUGGAAGAUUAGGAGGCUAUCAUUCUGCCGUAGGUUUCUAUGACAUUACAACUGGCCAAAAUUAUACAGCAGAGUACGAUGCUUAUUAUGAAGUAGGUAAUGGAACUCUACCAAAUAUUAUCGAUGUUAAUGGCACAAAAGAAAUCCUUUGGUGUAAUGCUGGUAUUCUUUGCUCUAUUCCAUUUGUCAAUGAAACUUAUUGGGAUCCAAAAUACUUUUCAACUGCCUCAAAAACCUUUAUGGCCACAAUCAAUGGUACCCAAUUAAAUCAAUAUAUCGAGUGGAUGGAAUCAUAUAACACAACUAAUCCAAUUUAUCAAACCUGGGAUGUUUGGAACAAUUAUGGCAAAGAUUUAUAUGUUCCAUCAACUACUUGUGAUGAUUUCACAGCAGCCUCAUUCGAUUUCCUUUAUACUGCUGGUGCAAGAUACAAUUGUUCAACAGUUUUCAAGAGGGACUAUGUAAAUCUUUUUUCAGAAAAACCUGAACCAGUUGUUUUCACCGAACAUAGGGACGAAAUUAUUAGAUUCUAUGAAUCUUUAAUGGAUAGAUCAGGUUCAAUCUUAGAUAUCAUCGAGAGAAUUAUUGGUAUUGUUGGUUUAAAUAAAUAUCUUUACUAUCAAGGUGACUAUUAUUUAUUAAAAUUAAAUUGGCCAUUUAUGGGUGUCAAAUAUGACUACGCUCCUGUUGCAGGUUGUCCACUCCCAGAAACAAUUAAUGAACAAACUUCAAAUAUUAUUCAUAUGAGAAAUUAUUAAAUAAAUAAAUAAAAUACGAAUAAUUUUUACACUGUA